UCAAGACCAAGAGUCAGUGUCAUCGGUGUCGUGUGAAUUCAAAUUUCAAAAUUGAUUUGAUUUGAAUUUGAAAUUAAACAUUUUUGUUUAUCUAUAAAUAUUUUAAACCACUUCAUAGUUUAAAUUAAAUACAACAACUGAUCAUUGUUUACAAGCUCGCAAUAAAUAAUAUUAUUUAUUUAUCAUUUAAUUUGGCCGUCUGCCAGUCUUGAGUCUGCUAUAACCGCGUGUGGGUGCGUUUGUUUCACAUUCAUAAUACACAAUCGAAUUCUUUAUCUUUACAUUGUACAAACGUCUAACCGCAUACCUUUAAAGGAAUAUUAAUGAUUUCCGAAAUCACAAUAAUGUAAUUUGCAGCAAAACCGACAAGUUAAGAAAUAUAUCCAAAUGCCUAAAUGGUUGUCGAGGCAAAGGCUUUUUUUACUACUGAAGAAAAAUGUCUGGUUAUUGUUUCCCCUUAUUUCCAUCGUACAGUUCUUUUUUACAUUUGGGGAAUUCAAGUAUGAACACAUACCUGUGGAGAGAGUGAACGACUACUUGUACAAGCAUGUGAACCCUAACUUGAAGUUGGUGAACACCAAAGCAGAAUGUAAAUAUGAUGACAUAUUGCACCACACACAGUUGACACAGGUGAGGGAGAUGAAGAAAAUGUUAAAUUUUACACCUAAAGGAAUAAUGAAUGGCAGCUUCGCUCCCGAGGAGUGCAACCCGGCCAUGAGCGUCGCUAUACUGGUGACAUACAGGAACAGGCAGUCUCAGCUGGAUGUGUUCAUUCCCUAUAUCCACACAUUUUUGAGGAAACAGAAUAUACAUUAUAAGAUAUAUGUAAUUGAACAGCAGGACGACAAGCCGUGGAACAAGGGACUCCUGUACAACAUAGGAGCUAAGCAAGCCAUCGCGGAGAAGUUCCCCUGCCUCAUUCUACACGACGUAGACUUGCUGCCUCUAGACCACAGCAACCUGUACGUGUGUCUCAACCAGCCCAGACACAUGAGCGCAAGCAUAGACAAGUUCAGAUUUGUUUUGAUAUACAACACUCUGGUGGGCGGGGUGCUAGCGAUCACGUCGGAGCAUUACAAACUGUUGAACGGAUUCUCGAAUCGCUUUCUGGGCUGGGGCGGGGAAGAUGAUGAUUUUGCUUCCAGGAUAAGUGCAAAUAAAUUAGAUAUUCUGAGGUUCCCGCAGCACAUGGCGCGCUACACCAUGCUGCGGCACCAGCAGGAGCCCGAGAACUCGGCGCGCUACGCCAUCAUGCUCGACGGCCGGCGGCGCGCCGCCAGCGACGGGCUCGGCAGCGUCGCCUUCGCGUCCGUCGGCGUCCGGCCGCAGCGCCUCUACACGCUCAUCACCGUGCGCGUGUGACGUCACCGCACUGCUCGCCUUCGCGUCCAUCGGCGUCCGGCCGCAGCGCCUCUACACGCUCAUCACCGUGCGCGUGUGACGUCACCGCACUGCUCGCCCUCGCGUCCGUCGGCGUCCGGCCGCAGCGCCUCUACACGCUCAUCACCGUGCGCGUGUGACGUCACCGCACUGCUCGCCUUCGCGUCCAUCGGCGUCCGGCCGCAGCGCCUCUACACGCUCAUCACCGUGCGCGUGUGACGUCACCGCACUGCUCGCCCUCGCGUCCGUCGGCGUCCGGCCGCAGCGCCUCUACACGCUCAUCACCGUGCGCGUGUGACGUCACCGCACUGCUCGCCUUCGCGUCCAUCGGCGUCCGGCCGCAGCGCCUCUACACGCUCAUCACCGUGCGCGUGUGACGUCACCGCACUGCUCGCCCUCGCGUCCGUCGGCGUCCGGCCGCAGCGCCUCUACACGCUCAUCACCGUGCGCGUGUGACGUCACCGCACUGCUCGCCCUCGCGUCCGUCGGCGUCCGGCCGCAGCGCCUCUACACGCUCAUCACCGUGCGCGUGUGACGUCACCGCACUGCUCGCCCUCGCGUCCGUCGGCGUCCGGCCGCAGCGCCUCUACACGCUCAUCACCGUGCGCGUGUGACGUCACCGCACUGCUCGCCCUCGCGUCCGUCGGCGUCCGGCCGCAGCGCCUCUACACGCUCAUCACCGUGCGCGUGUGACGUCACCGCACUGCUCGCCCUCGCGUCCGUCGGCGUCCGGCCGCAGCGCCUCUACACGCUCAUCACCGUGCGCGUGUGACGUCACCGCACUGCUCGCCCUCGCGUCCGUCGGCGUCCGGCCGCAGCGCCUCUACACGCUCAUCACCGUGCGCGUGUGACGUCACCGUACUGCAGGUAACUAGUGAGAUCGCUUAGUCAAUGAACACCAAAUAUGUUAACUGGUUUGGCAAAAAUUCGAUCACCGAAACUGCUUAUAUUAACAAGUAAAGAAGAUAUGGAUAUUUUUUUGCCCAGAAUAUUUGCAUUAGUAGUCAGUGAAUUAAUUAUCUUAUUAAAUUAUGAUUAUUACUAAAGUUGCUGCGCUUCACCAUAAUAGUACGUAUUAGUACGUCAUACAGGCAACUGUCACCCGCACCAUGCUACAGCACACAAACUGUAAGGAAGGUAAUUUCAUUUCAAGUUGUAGGUAAUCGAAUUUAUUGCAAGCUGGGUAGAUUAACAGGGAUUAAUUAAUUGUUAUUGAAGUGUGUGAAUUUUGUUUGUGUGUUUGUGUGUGUGUAUGUGUAAGAUAUUUGUUAGUCAUAAGUCGAUUUUAUACACGAGUUUAUUGUUUUAACGUAAAGAUAGUACUGAGAGCCAUAACUUUGUUUUCAAAAACUAAUGAAUUGAUUUUGAUGAUGUUUUGCAAAACCCUGGUUAGCUGUAAGGAAAAAUUAUUAAGGAGAAUCUAUUCACAAUAUUAAUAUGUCUCUAAAUACAAAUUAUUGAACAAAUCAUAUAAAUAUUUCCUUGUCUUGUACAACAAAACAUUUCAAAGCACUCGGAGAUUUAUAACAAUUUUAUAAAACAAAUCGAUAAUCAGCAGUAAUGUUUAAUAUAUAAGAAAAGUCAUUAUUAUUAAAAUAUGUUACAAAAGUAUGUUUAACCAAUAACCAGCUAACCAUACGUACAAUCAAAAGACAUAUAUCACAGUCUCGUAAUAUUAUGCAUGCCCUACACGUUGGCCAAUGUGUUGGCUAUCAUGUAGUAGUUCUUCAUGGCCAACAUAAUAUUGAAACACUGCCUACACGAUAGCCAACAUAUUGGCCAACGUGAACAACGGUCUUUGUGUUAUUGUGUCAUAAUAUUGUCGAGUACAAGUUUUCUUUGCUGUUGCAAUAUGUUGUACCUACGGUUAUGUUUUUUCAAUGCGCCUGAAUUAGCUCAAAAAAUAACCCCAAAAUAGCUCAUUGUGUAAUUCCUAAAAUUAAGUAUGUUGUAUGUUGCUCUCUCUGGCUGCCAUGCGGCUUAGUUUUAAAUAUUUUGUUACUCGUAUCGAAUGUCGCCUUGGUCGCAUUGAAGUUAUACGAAUAUAUGUACCCAGUGACUUAUGACGAGAAUAGCAAACGUAUGACGUUAUGUAUUAUAUUAUGUAUAGCUUGGAAAGUUCUUUGAUGACACUCCCAUGAUAUGCGGGCGACGGGGGGAAAGGUCUGCGCGAGUUUAACGUCGUCCGCGCGGACCAUCGGGAGUGUUACAAACAGAUUUGCCAAGUUAUAGUCAUAAUAUACACUUGUCGGAUGAUAGCGCCGACAACUGCCCGCUCGUCACGACGGCCAAGCUGGCUAAUGGUCCGUUUAUAUCUACAGACACAGUGCGUCACAGACAAGUAGCGUGACAGACACCCACAGACACCGUCUAUUCACACUAACCAGCACUUUUAGCUAGAGACACUUAAAGUCCUUUUCAUGAAGAAGCCCCCUAGACAAUGGCGCUCAUUGUCAUUUGGUAAUUUGUGUAAGACGCUGUCAAUUUUAGUUCAGGUUUCAUAAAAAGGCCUCUACAGACAUGAACCGCCGACCGACAAAAUAUUCUUUCCGCGGAUACUGGCCGGGCGCGGCCCGUGUCUGUCAAUGUCUGCGCGGCCGCGUUACGAUUGAUAUAAAUACGUUAAUAAACACUGUAUAGAAUUAUAUUAUUUUGUCUGCCACAGCACGCGUUUAGCACUCUAAAUGUCUGUAGAUAUAAACGGCCCUUACUACGUUAGCCAAUACGCCGAACAACGAUUCGACUGCUGAUGGACCAAGCUCAAUGUCGUCUAUAGAUGAUUGGCAUGACCGCUUACACACGGUUGAGGGUAGUUCGAUUUAUCUACUGCAACAGGUUUUAUUAUUUGUAUGAAUUAUUUAUUUUAAUAAAAACGGUGGGUAACCAAAAAAUUAUUUUAACCGAAUUAUUGUGUAUUAUGUUAUUAUUUCCUUUUUUAAAUGAAUUUAUUUUAUUGUCAAGGCAAAAAUAAAUUAUUACAGUUGAUAUGGUGUAGGUACAAAGUACAUAGUAUACAACUGUAGCCAUUUUAAAUAAGUAUUUAAUAACUUAUAUAAACAUAAAUAUAGGAGUAUAAAGUGUACUAUUUAGUCUACUUCGUGAGCUUAGGCCUAGUUCGGACUAUUUUAGUAUUUUAUUUGAGUACCAACGAUUUUUGGGCGGUAAAUCCAAAAAUUGUUCGUACUCGACUAAAAUAUUAAAGCAGUCCGAACUAGGCUAACUAGAAGGCUAAAUACCGUACGAGUGAUGGUGGCAUUUUAACCCUUUGCAUUUGAGCCGCUCCUAGACUAUGAGUUAUCGAGGCUUUAUAUUAGUUUAUAGUUGUAGUUAGAUAUGCAUGCGUAUUGUAUUCUACGUUCAAUUUACCUGUAAGUUUAUGUACUUAAUGGUAUUUAAUUAUUUCAAUGAGAAUACUAUUUUGCUACAAUUUAAUGUGUUACUAUGCUAAGUCAUUCAAAAUUUACCUUAAAGGUAUGUGUGCAUCGGUCAAAGUUAUGGCUUACACAAAAGUGUACAAACAAAUAUGAAAUUACAAUUUAGGUACAUUUUAUAUAUCAAAUAAGUGUUUGUUUGUUGAGUGUACAACACAAUCGGCACCAUUCACUUCUUCACAUUCACCACUUCACGAUAUAUUGUCUACUUAUGCAUGCUACUUAAGUUGCUACUUGCAAUGAUGUUAGGAUGUCUUAAAAUUAACCAAAAAAUUACACCAAAUUCAAAUUUGCGUUAAUUUGGGAUACCCAAUAUUUUUAACACCGCUUUAUUGUAUUGUAAUGAGAUGUUUGAUAUAAUACUUUAGCAAAAAAAACCAUUAUUUCUGUGUAAAAGAGACUCAAUACAUACGAGUGCAUAAGUAGGUAUAAUUUGCUAAAUAAUUUGAAAUUCGUGCAAUUUCGAAAAACAACCAACUUUCCUUUGAAAAUAAAUUGAACGCGUAGAAAUUGGGAGCUUUGUUGAAGCUCGCGACCACACGUUGAUAUUAUACAUGUGUGGUGGUUAAGAUGAUUUGCUUUGUUCCUACAUGUUUGAUGAAAUGCUGUCGAGAUUACUCAUGUCCUCGAUUAUAAGAAUAUCAACCAAAUUGGCCUUAUUUUAUUAAAUUGGUUAACAUUAGUAUAUUAAAAAAUAUAUUUAAAUUUUUGUAAACUUUUUGAUGUUGAUACGUGUGAUAUUUUUCGUUUACUUUUAAUAUGUAAAAUGGAAUCAAAUAAAAGUGUUAUUUUUA